UAAUCAUAGAUAAGUAUCGUGUGAGAUUCACAUAAUAAAAAGGCGAGAGAUUACCUAUAGUUAAUUAAAAAGUUUGAUAUUUAUUUAUAUUAUCAUACAAUACUAAUACUAUUUAAAACAUGUGCAGAGGAGAAAUUUGUUCAAUUUGCCAUCACAAGUCAUGGACCGGAUGCGGUAGUCACAUUGGAAGCGUUAUGGAUUCGACCCCAAAGGCCCAAUGGUGCACCUGUGAAGGUGUAGACGAUGAGUCAGGUACUUAUCCUCCAAAGGCUGGUACUGGGUUUGCGAAGAAAACCACGCAUUAAAUAAAACUGGGGGAGACACAAACCAAAAAAACAGUAGGAACAGAAAUUACCCCAAAAAGAAUUUCGUUCAUACUUUCAAGUAUACGAUAUUGUUAGCAUG